AUGGAUUCAAAUAGUAACAAGAGUACCAAAUCCAUAAAGAAAAAAGUUGUCGACCAACUCGUCGAAGGCUACGAGUUCGCUACUCAGCUUCAGCUUCUCCUCUCUCAUCACCACUCUAACAACAACAUCGAUCAGACCCGGUCGGGUUCAGUUUCCGGCGGUCCGGAUCCCGCUGAUGAGCUCAUCGCUAAGAUCUUGGGAUCUUUUCACAAAACCAUAUCGGUUCUUGAUACUUUUGACCCCGUCGCCGACGUCUCAGUCCCUAUCGCCGUCGAGGGCUCACGGAAUGCUUCAUGCGGCGAUGAUUCGACAGCUCCGGCGAGUUGCAACGGUGGAGAUUCCGGCGAUAGUAAAAAAAGACUAGGAGUUGGUAAGGGUAAAAGAGGAUGCUACACUAGAAAGAAGAGAUCGCAUACUUGGACAGUAAAAGCUAGAAGAAUUGAAGACAGAUAUGCUUGGAGGAAAUAUGGACAAAAAGAGAUUCUUAAUACUACAUUCCCAAGAAGUUACUUUAGAUGCACACACAAGCCAACGCAAGGAUGCAAAGCAACGAAGCAAGUUCAGAAACAGGAGCAAGACCCUGAGAUGUUCCAAAUCACAUACAUUGGAUACCACACAUGUACUGCCACGGACCAAGCACACACGAAGACCGAGCCUUUUGAUGACGAAAUCAUCAUGGAUUCGGACAGCACAAUGGCUGCAACCAUGGCUCAUGCCAAUGAUAAAGUGCAAGAACAGGAGAACAACAUUAGUGGUGUGACGGUGGUAGGUGCAGGCAAUGUGAAGGAGGAAGAGAAUAACAAUGGUGAGAAUAAGGAGUAUUGUGAGGCUUCUUCGACAGGUGAAGACUUGUCAUUGGUUUGGCAAGACUGCCAAGACCUAAUGAUGUUUGAUGAUCAUCAUCAACAUCACCAAAACCACUAUUAUCGUGGUGAUACUAGUACUACUUCUCAUCAUUUGGCUUUCGACAACGAUCAUUUCUCCUCCUUAUUUGAUUCAUAUUGCGCAUAUGAAGGAACAAGUGCUAUAUGA